CUGUGAGGGUCCCAGGAUUCGCUUCUUUGGCUACAAUUAACAUUCUCCUGACACUUGACCAACAUGGAUUUCAGUAAAUGUCUGUAUAAUAUUGGGGAACAGUUGGGCAGUGACGAGCUGGCCUCCCUCAAAUUCCUGAGCCUGGACUACAUCCCACAAAAGAAGCAAGAACCCAUCAAAGAUGCCUUGAUGUUAUUCCAGAGACUCCAGGAAAAGAGAAUGUUGGAGGAAAGCAACCUGUCCUUCUUGAAGGAGCUGCUUUUCCGAAUUAAUAGACUGGACCUGCUGUUCAACUACCUGAACACCAGCAAGGAAGCGAUGGAGCAGGAGCUUCAGAUACCAGGCAGAGCCCAGAUCCCUCCCUACAGGGUCAUGCUUUUUCAGAUUUCAGAAGAUGUAAACAAAUUGGAAUUGAGGUCGUUUAAGUUUCUUUUGAGCCAGGAGAUCUCCAGAUGUAAAGUGGAUGAUGAUAUGAACUUGCUUGAUAUUUUCAUAGAGAUGGAAAAGAGGGUCAUCCUAGGGGAAAGAAAUUUGGACACUCUGAAAAGAAUCUGUGACCAAAUCAACAAGAGCCUGCUGAAGAAAAUCACUGAUUAUGAAGAAUUAAGCAGAGAGGGAAGAAUGAGCCUUCAAAGAAGUCCAGAUGAAUUGUCAAAUGGGGAGGAAUCCCUGGCAAUGAUGGCAUUAUCGGACUCUCUAGAAGAACAGGACAGUGAGUCACAGACAUCGGACAAAGUUUACCGAAUGAAAAGCAAACCUCGCGGAUAUUGUUUGAUCUUUAACAAUUAUGAUUUUAGCAGAGCACGGAAGGAUGUGCCCAAACUUCAGAACAUUAAGGAUAGGAAUGGAACAGACUUCGAUGCAGAAGCUUUGAGUAAGACCUUUAGUGAGCUUCAUUUUGAGAUUGUGAAUUUCAAAGACUCUACAGCAAAGACAAUCUGUGAAGUUCUGAAAUCCUACCAAAGAAUGGACCAUAAUAACAAAGAUUGCUUCAUCUGCUGUAUCCUCUCCCAUGGAGACAAAGGCAUUAUUUAUGGCUCUGAUGGGCAGGAAGCCCCUAUCUAUGAGCUGACUUCUUACUUCACUGGUUCAAAGUGCCCUUCCCUUGCAGGCAAGCCCAAAAUCUUUUUUAUUCAGGCUUGUCAAGGGGAUAACUACCAGAGAGGUAUAGCUGUUGAGACUGACUCCGAACAGAAGGAAGACUACUUAGAAAUGGACUCAUCAUUUCAGAAGAGAUAUAUCCCAGAUGAGGCUGAUUUUCUGCUGGGGAUGGCCACUGUGAACAACUGUGUUUCCUACCGAAACCCUACGGAGGGGACCUGGUAUAUCCAGUCACUUUGCCAGAGCCUAAGAGAAAGAUGUCCUAGGGGCGAAGAUAUCCUCACCAUCCUUACUGAGGUGAACUUUGAAGUGAGCAAUAAGGAUGACAAGAAAAACAUGGGGAAACAAAUGCCACAACCUACUUUCACACUGAGGAAAAAACUCUUCUUCCCUCUUAAUUGAUGCUGUUUAGUUGCAUAACACUAUGCUUAAUUUAUUUGUUAGUAAAAUGCUGCUAUCAGCUUAUUUUUUUUCUUUUGGAUGGCAGGAAGGGGAGAGAAUGGAAGUCAGGAAAACUUCAUUCCUAUGCAAAUUCAAGCCUAAACCUCUGGCUUUGCAAUAAUAACUAUUGGAGAUUGAUAGCCACAGGCAUGGUUUUAAUUUUAUUUUUGAUUCAAUGAAAAAGUUCCUAAAAAACUUACAGUAGAUAAAAAAUAC